AUGACAAUGACAAUAACAAUAACAAUCACAAUAUUAAAUCAUCUUUCAUUUAUCACCUGCGCCAAUCCUGGAAUACCUCCUAGUGCCUACUACACGGAUAUGGUAGACAGCCACUACUGCACACUCUCAGUCCCAGUCGCACACUCCCAUGAGAUGACGUCAUCAUCAACUCCUAUUUAUCACAGUCUAUUUUCACUAAGAAUGAAUUCGUCUACUGGAAUCAUUGGGAAUGAGACGUACCAUACUACGGUGGACGUAGGAGUGAGACUGGUCUACGAGGACGAGGAUGACUGGUCUAGGAUGCACAGGGGCAUCAAUGGAAUGAGAAUGAGGAUGGAUAUUGAGAGAAUAGUUCAGAUUAAUAUUGAUCAAAUAUUCCUGGGACUGCUUCAGAGGCCAUUUGUUCAGAGUAGGGCAGAAUACAGAAUUAGUUCAUCAGGAACACUAUUCAUCAGCAACAUGGAGGUGAAGAAUGAGAUAGUGGUGCAUAUUAGGGGUAGAAGAGAGGUGGAAAAGGUGGAUAAAAUUGAAACAGGGGAAAUAAGAAUCAUUCCAUACACCAAGUACGAUAAGAAGAAUGACAUGUUGGUGAAUAGGAAGGUGGUAGAACGGCUGAAUGAGUAUUUGGAGUGGGUGAGUAAGUACGGAUGUGAGGAACAAAGGGGUGAUACCGUUUUAGGUGAUAAAUCAGAAUACGAAAAGUAUCAGGAAGAAAUGACCAAAGUGUACGAAGAAUACAUGAGAGAGGUAGAUGAGUGA